GCGGUCAAUUGUCUUUCUUCUUCUCCUUCUUCUUCCGAUAAUGUGCCGGAUUCUGAGUUGAAUAUAUUCGCACAUGGUUAAAAGAUUAAAAUCGUGUUGUGCCGAGUUCACAUUUUCUUAAAAACAGGAUAAAAACAGACAUGGCUGCCUAGGGCUGGAACGUUCCGAUCCUGCAUGGACUUGAAGAUAUCCAGGGUAUCGGCAUCCACAAUAUGUCUUGGCAGUUUGUUCCACAGACUGAUACUGGCAGGGAAGAAGGAGUCUUGUGUAUAGGCCUAUCAUAAAGCAUUGCUGUAUUUCUUAAGAGGACUGUUGGAGUAUGGAGAAUUUAGCCAAACUGUUGGGACAAUUGCAUUUAACACAUAAAUCAUCAAUAUCUUUAGCUAAAACAGAACCGGAAUACAUAUUAGCAUUAGCAGCACAGAAUCAAAGUGAAGACAACAGCUCCUUAAUAGCAGCUACAAGUAGUAAUUACUGUAUACGUCUAUAUAAUAAGACAACAUUAGCUGGUGCAAGACAAAUACAAGGUCAUAAUAAUGUUAUAACUGGUAUAUCAUUUGGAAAAGAAGAUCCUAAUAUAUUAUUGUCUUGUUCCAGAGAUAAAACAGUGAAAUGCUGGGAUUUAAGGUGUAAACCAGAAAAUGAAGUUCAACAAUUCCAAGGUAAAACUAAUGUAGGUUUUGGCAGUGUUGAUAUAAGCUGUAAUGAUAGAUUGAUUUGUGCUGGUACUGAUGUGGAUUUUGACAAAGAUGCAUAUUUAAUAUUCUGGGACAGACGAAAAGCAGCUUUUCUUGGUUCUUAUAGCGAAUCUUUUGACAAUGAAAUAGUACAGGUGUGUUUUCAUCCUAAUAAAACAGAUCAUGUUGCUAGUGGAGCAUCAGAUGGUUUAGUUUGUAUAUUUAAUCUAACAGAAACAGAUGAAGAUGAUGCUUUAAUAACAACAUUAAAUACUGAAUCUUUUGUGGCUAGAAUAGGAUGGUGUGGUGUGGAUAAUGAAAAUAUAUACUGCAUAACAGAUGUGGAUACUUAUCAUAGUUGGGAUGCAUUUGAGGGUGAUUUAUUGAAAGAAGUUUUAGAUAUUAAAGAUAAAUUAAAGGGAGAAGAUAGUGUGGAUUACCUAAUAGAUGUUAUAUUGACAGAAGAUAAUACACAACAGAUUAUUGCUGCUGGCAAUAAAACUGGUACAAUAAAGUUGUUAGAUAUUUCUAGUAAAAGUACAGAAGUUAUUUCUACUCUAUCAAAAGGUCAUACAGAAAUAGUCCGAUGUAUAUAUUAUAAUAAUAAGAAUGGUACAUUAAUUACUGGUGGAGAAGACUCUUUAUUGUGUUUAUGGUCAUCCGAUCCUGUUACUACUACUUCUAGCAUAGAACGCAAGGGAAAGUUAAAGAUGAAACAAACACCAUCAAGGAAAUCUCAACCCUACUCAAGAUGAUCCUAUAAAGUAACAUUAUUAUCCUGUGCUGAACGAAGUUAAUCUCUCUGAACAUCAUUUAAGAAACUGCAAGCUACAAUAUUAUGAAAGUUUAAUGUCAGUUGUGGUAGUUUAUAAUUCAACUGAAAUAAUAAUCAGGUAGCAAACCUGGGAUGCUUGAUGCUAUUAACUUUAGAACAAGUGCGCUACUACUAAUGGCCCUGUUACACUAUUACGUAUGAUACACACAAAAUGACCUUGAAAAUACAGAAUUGUUUGUAUACUUACCAUAUUGAAUCUAUGAGUAGCUUAUGUAUGUCACCGUAUGCGACCAUGCUUGAAACAUACAACCUAUGUCUAACAUACCCCUAGCUUAGGACAGCGUAUUGCAGUGUAUGAAUGAUAUUUUACAAAUGCUGGCAUACACUAGUACAUUACGAAUAGUGUGGCAGGGCCAUAACACAGUGAUUUCCAAUCCCUGCUCUUCCAAACGACGUCCAGUGAUUGUCAACCCCUGUACCUUCCAAAAGAUUUCCGGUGAUUGUGAAUCCCUGUACUUGGGCACCUAAUGUUGAUGACCGAAUCUUCUUGUUAUAACCUGUUAUUUUUUGUAUUAUUAUAUAAAGUGUAUGUAUAAAUGUAGAAACUAUUUGUUGUUAUAAGUCCAUAAGACCGAGAAGCUUAUUGAUAAUUAAUUGAAAUUAUUUCCAUUGAUUAAUCUGAAAUAGCUUGUGGGUACUCUAGUGUCUAAAAUUGUCAUUGACACUCAUUAAGUGCAUGUAGUUUUUCCAAUGGGCCAAAAAACUGAGAUCCUGUGUAAAAUAUGGCAAUACGUGUAAAAUUUCUGAUAAGUUGGAAUUUGUAAAUGCAGCUGUCUAGGCAUAAUUCUUUACAUUGCAUACAAUAAAAAUGACCAUGUUAGUCUCAAAAUAAGC